CAAGGGUCGAGAAGCAUCAGCCUUUUUCUUACUGUCAUUACGUUCAUUCCGUUGCCUUAAUGGUAGCCAACUCCAAAAAUUUCAAUAGUAGGCCUCGGCCAUCUUCUGGAGGCUCUAAAGAAGACUCUACUGAUAGUAAUAAUAAUAAUAACGUGCCGGGCAAGCCAAGUUCAAAACCAGCAGGAGUAAGGACAGAAGCAAGAAUUAAAUCAGAUAUACAUACAGGAAUAGGAGCAGGAGCGAUCCAUGGAAACUCCAACUCGAAGACCAAUGCUCUUGCUGGCUCAAAGCAAUAUCAACAGGGACAUUUGAAGCAAAAGAAUAAAAGUAUUAACAGGGGCUCAACAACAUCAGCUUCAAUUCCACCUGAUCUAUUUACAGAAGAAGAUGCCCCAAGUACAUCUGCUAAAGUCAAAAAACCAAAACCCUCAAAAGUUCCCAUAGAUCCUAAUGACCGAAAUCAAUUCGCCUAUUUUUAAGAGCAUAUCUCAUAUAGAGCAUUCGUCCGCGGGCUAGCAAAAGAUGUUACCUUGACAGAGCUUGAGGGCCGAUUUAAAUCGUUUGGACAGCCCAGGGACCUUUAUCUGGCAAAGGACCUGGACGGAUCUUGCCGUGGAUUUGGAUAUAUCACUUUGGACACAACACGGAAAGAGCUACAAAAAUGCCUCGCGUUAUUUAAUGGUGCCAAAUGGAAGGGAAACGUCCUGAAGAUUGAGGAAGCAAACAAAGACUGGCAAACAAAGUAA